CUCAAGGUCUCUCAUUCUCAUUCUGGUAUACCAUUCAAAUCUGACGACUAACUAUCGUCUUUGGGUCUGUUUUCUUAAAAAUUCGUCUACACUACAAUUUUAUCAUCAUUUCUCUGAAUCAACUAGUUUCAUUUGAUUAUCCGGUCCACAUAUAGGUACAUUCAACUAUUGAUUAACUUCAAUGCCGUAUGUACGUUACUAUUUCGUGGUUCAUUAGUUUCUUAGCUGUUUUACGGAUUCAUUCCCGUGUUUAACCAUAAAACACUCAUUAUGAUAAACUCUGUCGUGUUUUAAUUACCACUCUGGACCUAAUAAGAGGAUUACAUAAAUCAUGUUGAAAAUGAUUGAUGGUGAUUUCAUUCCUGAAUAUAAACCAACCGAUAUCGCCAUUAAGUUAUCUAAUGAAUUUCAUCACACUUUUGGUACAGAAUGCAGUUUUGUAGUUCGAGCUCCUGGUCGAGUAAAUCUUAUUGGUGAACAUAUUGAUUAUAAUGGUUAUCCUGUACUACCGAUGGCGUUAGAACAAGCAGUUUAUAUGUCUGUAGGUCCAACAUCUGGAUCUGAUUUGGAUAAGAUCGUUCUUAUAAGCACAGAUACUCAAUACAGGCCUAUUAAAAUUCCGAUUACAGAAGCCAUAACAUUUGGUUGUGAAGGUUCGCCUGACUCGCCUGAGUGGUUUCAUUAUUUUCAGUGCGCGUAUCGAGGAAUAAAAGACUAUGUAGACAAGUUGAAUUUGGAUUGGACUCCUCCUAGUCUAAAUGUACUAGUUGGUGAUGUUGAAUAUGGUGGUUUAUGGCCAGCUGCUGGUCUUUCAAGCAGUAGCGCUUUCGUAGUUGCUUCUGCCAUAGCAAUUAUGCGAAUAUCUGGUUUACAAAUAAGUAAACAUGAAUUAGCAAGUUUAUGUGCGAAAUGUGAGCAAUAUAUUGGUAUGCAAGGUGGUGGAAUGGAUCAAGCUGCAAGUGUUCUAGCAGUUGAAAAUAAUGCUUUAAUGAUUGAGUUCACCAAACCAUUUGUCACAGUCAGUCCUAUUCAAUUACCAUCUGAUAUGGUUUUUGUGAUAGCUCAUUCGGGUGUACACGCUCGCAAAGCUGCUACAUCAUAUUAUAACGAACGUGUGGCAGAAUGUCGAUUAGCUGCUAAAAUAUUAGUUCAAAAUAGCCCGUAUAUAACUGAACCUUCUAAUUAUUCAUCCAUUACACCCUUAUGUCUCAGUGAUGCACAAAAGUUAUGGAAAGCAGUUUCGCCUGAUGAAAUGACACGCAUUCAAAAUGAUGGAUUAUCAAUUGUAACUAGAUAUCUACCAAGUGGUAUUACUAGUCGAGAAAAGCUCUGUAAUUUAGGCUUGACUAGUCCAAUUAUUGAAGGGUGCUUAACAGAAAAUACUAAAACAAUGAACCACUUCUAUUUAAGAGAUCGUGCAGAACAUGUAUACUCUGAGGCUGAACGGGUUUUUAAAUUUUACAAUAUAUGCAAAAAGAUAUUUAGUAAUAAUGAUUCCCAAACGAAUUCAACUAAUUAUAUGCAGUUGUUAGGAGACUUAAUGAAUCAAAGUCAAUUAUCUUGUGCUAAUCUUUAUCAGUGUUCUUGUCGUGAAUUGGAUAAAUUAAUAAGCAUUUGCAGAUCAGCUGGUGCUUUCGGUAGUCGUCUAACUGGAGCAGGUUGGGGUGGUUGCACCGUAUCAUUAGUGAAAAAAUCUAAUGCGGAACAAUUUAUUGCAAAAGUACGCGAAGAAUUCUAUAACGUGAUUGGUGCUGGCAGUAACAACGACUUGAUAUUCGUUAGUCAACCAGGUCGUCCAGCUGGAAUAAUGGUUAUUCAAUGAAUGAAGUGAUUCCUUUUGAUCACGCUUUAUUAUUAAAACAAACUUUUCAUGUACUUUUGUGAUUGAUUUAUUUUGUUAAUUAUAUUUGCUGUGAUUCGGAAUUUUCUUUAAAAAUUAUUUGAUUUGUGUCCACUUAGAUUAUACAAUAAAAUGUUUGUUCUUUUAUCUGAGAAGAGAUUAUCCAACUUACUCUGGUUGGGUGUAUAUGUAAGUUCAUGAAUCACUGUUUGGUCUGUUCAGUGCGAGAAGCAUUUCCCUAUUGAGCUAAUUUCCAUAAACCGAUCAAUCAAAAUAUCGUUUAAUCUAUAUGGUCAGAGUGCUAAAAAUUGAUAGUUGGACUAUUCGUGCAAUACACACUGUUUAUCACAUUAAAGCACAUUUAUUGACUGAAUCGAAGGUAUCAUUCAGAAGUGAUUCUUCUUUUUCUUCCCUGAAUUUUUUUAAUGCAAUAAGAUUAUUUUCACUUGUUCUUG